AUGGCGGCGACCGCAGGGCUGCAGGAGCGGGUGGAGGCGCUGGAGCGCCGGGUGUUCGGUGCCGGGGCGGCUCGCGGGCCGCACAAGGCAGCAGAUGGCUUGGUGAAAGUUGAGGUGGCUUUGGGGAACAUCGCAGUCAAAAGAGAGAGAAUUAAAAUUUUGUACAAGAAAAUUGAAGAUUUAAUAAAAUAUCUGGAUCCUCAGUACAUUGAUCGAAUGGCUGUUCCCGAUGCCAUGAAACUGCAGUUCAUCUUAGCAGAGGAGCAGUUUAUUCUUUCCCAAGUUGCCCUUCUGGAGCAGGCGAACAACCUCCAGCUGUUCUUGGACAGUGCACACAUCAAAGCUGCUCCUGACCAUGCUGCCAAACUGCAGCGACUUGCUCAAAUCCACAUACAGCAGCAGGCAGGCAGAGUUUAUUACAAGCAACAAGUCCAAGAUAAUGGAACAUCAGAUGGAUUGACAUCUGCACGUAGACAUCAGGUGCCACUGCUCAUUCAGUCGAAAUGUCGAAGACGUAUGAACUUGGCAGAACAGAGAGGUAUUGCUGGAACCUAUCAUUCUUUUCUUUUGCAAACCUUCCAGCUACUAUUUCACAGCUCCCGGAGCCUGGAGUUCACAACAAAACAGAGAGGCAUCACAACAAAACAAGGAGAGGAACCUUCCCCUAAAAGGAUUAUGAGGAAUUUCCGGAGAUCUGCUUUAAGUUUCAAGAGGGGGAAACCUUAA